CCGCUGUAACGACUUGAACUACUGAAACAUGGCCGAGAUGGAGCAGCUGAAGCAGGAGAUGGAGUCACUCAAGCAAGAGAUCGCGGAGGCGAGGAAAGCGGUGUGUGACAGCAGCCUGUCGCAGGUGAGCGCCGGUGUGGACGCCGUGAGUCGGAUUCAGAUGCGGACUCGGCGCACCCUGCGCGGGCACUUGGCCAAAAUCUACGCCAUGCACUGGGGGACGGAUUCGCGACUUCUGGUCAGCGCCUCGCAAGAUGGGAAGCUGAUUGUCUGGGACAGUUACUCCACCAACAAGAUGCACGCCAUCCCACUGCGGUCCUCCUGGGUGAUGACCUGUUGCUACGCUCCGUCUGGUAACUGUGUGGCCUGCGGCGGUUUGGACAACAUGUGUUCCAUCUACAACCUGAAGUCCCGCGAGGGCAAUGUGAAAGUGAAUCGGGAACUGGCGGGACACAACGGUUACCUUUCCUGUUGCCGCUUUCUGAACGACAACGAGAUCAUCACCAGCUCCGGGGACACCACCUGCAUUCUCUGGGACAUCGAGACGGGCAAGGAAAAGACCGCCUUCCUUGGCCAUAGCGGUGACGUGAUGAGUCUGGCGGUGUCGCCCGACUUCUCGCUUUUCGUGUCUGGGGCGUGCGACGCUUCGGCCAAGCUGUGGGACAUCCGGGACGGCCGGUGUCGUCAGACCUUCCUGGGCCAUGAGUCCGACAUCAAUGCCAUUUGCUUCUUCCCCAGCGGGCAGGCGGUCUGCACGGGGUCGGACGACGCCAGCUGCCGCAUUUUCGACCUGCGCGCCGACCAAGAGGUGGCGGUUUACGCCAGCGAGGGCGUGCUGUGCGGGAUCACGUCGGUCGCCUUCUCCCGCAGCGGUCGCCUGCUGCUGGCCGGCUACGACGACUUCAACUGCAAUGUUUGGGACACGCUCAAGGCGGAGCGCUGUGGAGUUCUGUCGGGACACGACAACCGCGUCAGCUGCCUGGGCGUUCCCGAGAACGGGAUGGCAGUGGCCACGGGUUCCUGGGACAGCUUUCUGAAAAUUUGGAACUGAGGGCCGUUCAGACGGACUCCGUCCCACCUUCCUCCACCCC